AUGAGCAAGCCACCUCCACCAUUUCCUCAACGCUUUCAAAAGCAGCAACAAGAUGGCCAAUUUCGGAGAUUUUUAGAUGUUUUGAAACAACUUCACAUCAAUAUACCGUUGGUGGAAGAUUUGGAUCAAAUGCCCAACUGUGUGAAGUUUUUGAAGGAUAUUUCAACCAAGAAGAGGAGGCUUGGUGAAUUUGAAACGGUGGCAUUGACUGAAGGUUGUAGUGCUAUAUUGAAGAAUAUAAUUCCUCCUAAAUUGAAGGAUUCGGGCAGCUUCACAAUUCCUUGUUCUAUUGGUGGUAGAGACGUUGGUAGAGCACUUUGUGACUUGGGGGCUAGUAUCAAUUUGAUGCCCAUGUCAAUUUUCAAGAAGUUGGGGAUUGGAGAAGUAAGACCAACCACAGUCACUUUGCAAUUAGCGAAUCGCUCUAUGGCACACCCAGAAGGAAAAAUUGAAGAUGUACUUGUGCAAGUUGAUAAAUUCAUUUUUCCAGCUGAUUUCAUCAUCCUUGAUUAUGAAGCGGAUAGAGAUGUUCCUAUUAUAUUGGGUAGGCCAUUUCUAGCUACUGGGAGGACCUUGAUUGAUGUACAAAAAUGGGAGCUUAAUAUGAGGGUGAAUGACCAACAAGUGACUUUCAAUGUGUUCAACGCUAUGAAGUUUCCGGAUGAGAUUGAGGAAUGA